UAUCAAUCCACAAUAUGUAGGGAUAUCUAUUUUAGCAUCAGUCAACGUUUGUUAUGUAGAAGCUGUUAUGUAUCAGUUAAAGAUAUAGACAGUGCUCUGAAAUUAAGGGUUAGAAUAGCGGCAUUGGAUUGCAUCAAGGAUCUUUGUCAAGCUGAUUCUAAAUCAUUUGUUACUCAAUGGACAUUGCUCUUGCCAACCUGUGAUGUAUUACAACCAAGGAAGUUUGAAGCAACUCUGAUGACAUGCUUGCUAUUUGACCCUUAUUUGAAGGCAAGGAUUGCAUGUGCCUCAACUUUGGCAGUCAUGUUGGAUGGAUCUUCUUCAGUUUUUUUGCAGGUAGCAGAAUACAAGGAACCUUCAAAAUCUGUAUCUUUCACAGCACUUUCAAUUUCCUUGGGGUAUAUCUUGAUGCAGUUGCAUACAGGUAUUCUUUACUUGAUUCAGCGGGAAAACCAUGGUAGAUUGCUGGUGUCCUUGUUCAAAAUUCUCAUGCUUUUGAUAUCAUCCACACCAUAUUCAAGAAUGACUGCUGAACUGUUGCCAACAGUUAUAACAUCUAUAGAAAAAAGGAUUGAAGUCAGUUUCCCUUUCAGAAAUGACCAGACAUGUCUACUGACUGCUUCUUUUAGUUGUUUGACAGCAGCUUUCACUAUCUCACCAUCCUCAACACAAGUUAAAGAAGUGCUUCUUAAAGAGAUGAAUGAAGGUUAUAUUGAGGUUGAAAAGAAGCCAGGUGUUCUUCUUACUUUGUUUCAUUAUUUGGAAAAAACUCUCAGAGCUGUUUCACACAAUUAUCCAGUCAUAAUGUUUUCCUGUUGGGAACAAGUUUCCACCAUGGUUUCUGGAUUUUUGAGGGUUGCAACACCUAAAGCUAAUACAAGACCGUGGAAGGCGCAUGUUGGCAAUACAAUGGGACCUUUUGGCGAAAAGAUUAUUAUAGCAGCUAUAAAGGUUUUGGAUGAAUGUCUUCGUGCAAUAUCGAGGUUUAAAGGAACUGAGGAUCUUUUAGAUGAUAAAUUACUGGAAACCCCAUUUACUUCUGAUAACAUAAGGAUGAAGAAAUUUUCGUCGUCUCCAUUGAAAAGCAACGUGGUGCCAGAUGCCUUGAGCCAGAGAGGUCCGGGACAUUCAUUCAGUUUGAAGCAUAUAUGGAAAGAGUUGGCAGAAGAGAUGACUAGUGCAAGGAUAGAACUUGCGGUGGAUCAGUUAGCCAACGUCACCUUAAAAUAUAUUCUUUUGGAGAGGAGAAAGGCAAGUCAGCUGAUUGAUCCUCAGUUGAUGAAGCACAGAGGGGAUGUCCUAGCUAGACUAGCUAAGGACUAUACUAUUUCAUCGAUGGGUUUCCUGAGGUACAAGGAGCGGAUUUGUCUUUCGAUAGAAUCUUCUAUCAGACGAGAGAUUCUAGAUGAAUCUCAGAUGACACCGUAUUCAUAG